ACUGGGGAGAGUGGAAAAAGCACGUUCAUUAAGCAAAUGCGUAUCAUUCAUGGCUCAGGCUACUCCGAAGAGGACAAAAAAGGCUUCACCAAGCUGGUGUACCAAAACAUCUUCACUGCCAUGCAGUCUAUGAUCAGGGCCAUGGAAACCCUGAAGAUUCUGUACAAAUAUGAACAGAACAAGGCCAAUGCAGUGCUGAUCCGGGAAGUGGAUGUAGAAAAGGUCAUGACAUUUGAGCAGCCAUAUGUAAGUGCAAUUAAAACAUUGUGGAAUGACCCUGGAAUACAAGAGUGUUACGACAGGAGAAGAGAAUAUCAGCUUUCCGACUCAGCUAAAUACUAUCUUAGCGACGUGGAUCGUAUUGCUACCCCGGGAUAUCUACCAACUCAGCAAGAUGUGCUACGGGUUAGAGUUCCUACGACCGGGAUCAUAGAGUACCCCUUUGACCUAGAGAAUAUUAUCUUCAGAAUGGUGGAUGUUGGAGGUCAAAGAUCAGAACGAAGGAAGUGGAUCCAUUGCUUUGAAAACGUGACUUCCAUCAUGUUUUUAGUAGCACUUAGUGAAUACGACCAAGUUCUGGUGGAAUCUGAUAACGAGAACCGGAUGGAAGAGAGUAAAGCUCUCUUUCGAACCAUUAUCACUUAUCCAUGGUUCCAAAACUCUUCUGUUAUCCUCUUUCUCAACAAGAAAGAUCUAUUGGAAGACAAGAUUCUAUAUUCCCACCUUGUUGACUAUUUCCCGGAGUUUGAUGGCCCACAGAGGGAUGCACAGGCAGCCCGUGAGUUCAUUCUCAAGAUGUUUGUGGAUUUAAAUCCAGACAGCGAUAAAAUCAUCUAUUCUCACUUCACAUGUGCCACAGACACAGAAAACAUCCGUUUCGUCUUUGCGGCUGUCAAGGACACCAUCCUACAGCUCAACUUGAAGGAGUACAACCUGGUUUGACCUGUUCUGCUCUUGGCCCCUUGAGAGGCUUCAUUGUGGAGAAAAGACAAAAAAAGAAAUUUUAAAUAUGACAGGAAAAAAAGUUUUAAUUUUUGAUGAUGUAAUGAUUGCAAAUUGUCUGAUCUGUGGAGUGGCAAGUGCUCAGUGUUAUCCUGGAGUCUCAUGUCUCUAUCCACAGAGUAGUUGAUUUCAUAUUUUUAACAAAUUGCUUUUAUUUCACAGUUAACGGGGAUAUGCCUCAUUUCUUCAGCACCUUGCUUACUUCUUAAUUUUUGCCAAACAGCUAAGGCAGUCUCAUCUUGAGCUUUCCUUUGUUGCUUAGCCACUUUUUUCCCCCCUUUUCAUUCCCAUGGUAUAUAUAUAAAAAAACCCCUUUCCAGAUGAGAUUGUGAAUUCACUGGACUGUGGGAGUGCAGAAUGCUACUGGUCCCUUUGCCUUGUGCUAUAGGGUGCCUCUGUUGUAAUUUGCAAAUCCUGCUUGCUUUCUCCGUCACUCCCUCCCUUCUUUCCCUUCCCUUCCCUUCCCCAGGACACGCUCCAUGGUUCACUGUGAUGAAAUGUUGGGGAGGAGCGAUUGCUCUCCAACUAUUGUGCAAAAAAAGAAAAAGGCAAAACAAACAAAAAAAGC